AUGGUUCCAUCGCAAGUGUUCUUCUCCGCUGACUUUGCCUUCGAACAUACCGGAUUUCAACCGGCUUUUGUUCCAGUUGCCCAUCUCCAACACGUUUAUCCGAUGGGAUACCCUCAACCAAGUCCGAUGGUGUACAUUGCUCCAAAUUAUUAUAACCACGGCAUGAUCUUCGUCCAGCAAAACCAAUUUCCUGGUAAUCAUCAAAUUUUCAUCUACAAUCAAGCCCAAAAUAUCGAUGAACCUCGGCCCCAGGUUUCUCAGCAAUUUCCGGAACAGCAUGCAAGUUCACCUUUGAGUAUUCGACGGAACGCUCGGAUGGAUGGAUUUCCUGCAGGACCAGAAAGACAGCAAGACACUGAGGCCACUCAAAAGUUGAGAGAAUGGGUAAAUAUUUUUAACAUUAUCAACAAACUUUUUGAUGCUAAUUAAUGUAAUGUAAUGACUGAUAUUUCAGGCAGAGCGAUUCAGAGCCCGAAGAGAUCAGCUGAAAAAUGAGCGGGAAUCAGAAGUUGUUGCAGUAUCAGGUAAGCUAUAUAUUUCAUAAUUAAAUUAGCCAUAAUUUUUUCUACAAAAUCAAAAAUCUUCUAAAAUCAACCAAUUUUUUUUUCAGAAACCGAAUGCACCAUUUGUUUCGAUAAGGCCAGGAAUCCAACAAGUUGCAAAGCAUGCAAGCAAAUCAUCGGAUGUCAACGAUGUAUCAGGAACUGGAUUCGAACCCAAGCGGAUAGCAAUAAAGCGCCGUCUUGUCCGUUAUGCCGAGGAGACGGAUUUGCAAAUUUUGAACUGUUUGAUUAA